AUGGGCAAGAUCGAAAAGAAGGAAGCACUCCAUAUUUGUUUCACCAAGCGCCGCCAGGGGAUCUUCAAAAAGGCCGGAGAGCUCGCCGUCCUCUGCGGUGCCCAGAUUACCGUCAUCACACUCUCUCCUGGUGGGAAGCCCUUCUCCUUCGGCCAACCCUCCACUGAUGCCGUCAUCGCCCGAUACCUUGACCCAGGACGCCACCAGGUCCCAAUCCCCAUCACUACUUCACUUGAGAUCCGACUGAGAUAUUAUCUAAAGUACUGCAAACUGGGGGAGCAGUCCGGCGGUGGGUUAUGGUGGUGGGAAGCGCCCAUAGAUGGGCUCGACCUCGAAGAACUUGUGGUGAUGAAAGGUGCAAUAGAGGAGCUCUACAAGGCCAUCCUGAAGAAGGCCAACCAGCCUACGAGUGCAGGCGAAGCAGUACAAGGCAUGCCACAAAAACCAUCGCUAGCAAUGCUGAAUGGUUCUUAUCAUCUUCCUGUUUCCAGUGUUCCAGGUUCGGAUCCAGCGUUCCCAAUUUAG